GCGGGAUAAAGCUCUCAAGCAUGACGUCAUGUAAAUUUUAAAUCGGUCACAUGUGCCAUUGAGAGGAAGUCUUUGCCGGCCGAUUUCGGUGAGCUAGCCGGCGAAUUGGUAAUUUGGACGAUAUUGCAGUGUCGAGUCUUAAGCGGGCGAGGACGCCUUCGCCCGAAGUCCCCAACAAGAUGGCUCCCGUCAAAGACUUGAUCGAACAGAACAUCAAAGACAAUAAUGUAAUGGUCUUUUCCAAGUCGACAUGUCCAUUUUGUAGAAAGGUGAAGGAGCUUUUCAAGUCAUUAAAUAUCACCUUUCAUUCCCUGGAUAUGGAUUUAUUAGAUAAUGGAUCAACGAUACAGGACAAAUUGAAAGAUAUGACAGGACAAAGAACAGUUCCAAAUGUCUUCAUUCGCGGGAAACACAUCGGAGGUGCAGAUGACACAAUGAAGCUUCAUACAGAUGGAAAGCUAAUGGAAUUGAUAAUGCCUCCAUCAGAAAGCUACACAUAUGACCUUAUUGUUAUUGGUGGAGGCUCAGGUGGUCUUGCCUGUUCUAAGACUAUUGAUAAAAAAGGAAAGGAGGGGAAGAUGACGGCUCAGCAUAUUGUUCUUGCUACUGGUCUACGCCCUCGGUAUCCUGACAUUCCAGGAGCAAGAGAAUACGGCAUCACCAGGUCAUGUUGUGACAUUGGAAAUGAUGCCAAAUAUGGUAAUGAUGAUAAUGUUGAGUUUGAUGGUGAGGAUUGCAGUAACAAUGAUAACAACAGUGAUAAUGAUAAUGAUUACAAUGAGAGGAUAAGAAGGAAAAGGGAGAUUAUUGGUCGCCAUGACAACAGUGAUGUGAAGCUUUGGGAUGAGGAUAUCUUGAAUGGAAAAGUGGUCGCUGGAGACAAUGAGCAAACUAGUGUGCCAAAUAUUUAUGGUAUUGGAGAUAUUUUGGAUGACAAACUGGAACUCACUCCAGUUGCCAUUCAGGCAGGUAGAUUACUUGCACAUCGCUUGUAUGGAGACAAAAACGAACUGUGCGAUUAUGUAAACGUCGCCACAACAGUGUUUACCCCAUUAGAGUAUGGCUGCAUUGGUUUGUCUGAAGAAGACGCCAUUGCCAAGUUUGGGGAAGAGAAUGUGGAAGUGUACCAUACUAAUUACCAACCUCUGGAGUACACUGUCGCCAAACGAGACAUGUCCGGCUGCUAUGCAAAGCUUGUUUGCAACAAAAGUGAUAAUGAGCGCGUUGUCGGCUUUCACGUCCUUGGUCCAAACGCUGGAGAAGUCACACAGGGCUAUGCUGUGGCCAUUAAGUUAGGAGCCACGAAAAAAGACUUCGACAGAACUAUAGGUAUCCACCCUACAGUAUCAGAG